UGCAUUCUGGCAACUUUGAGAAAAACUACUUAGUUGUGCAUGUUCACACUCGUAUUUGCCCUCUCAUUGGAUAGAAUGGUCCCACCUGAUCGUUCCUGCCUUCAAUCAUUGAGGACAUGUAUUUCCAUCGUUAGAGCGGUCACUCGGCUAUCUUGUCAAUAUAAUAGAUAAUCUUCGAUAGCGCUACAUUUUUCAAGAUGUCGUCGCUGGAACAGAGACUCUCCCGAAUCGAGGAGAAACUAAAGCAAGAAAAUAAAGAAGCUCGUAGAAGAAUUGACCUCAAUAUCGACAUGAGUCCACAACGUUCACGUCCGAGGCCAAUCAUCGUGAUCCAGCUCAGUCCUGCUCCAGCUCCUUCCCAGCGUGCAGCUCUUCAGCUGCCCCUGGCUAACGACGGAGGGGGGAGUCGCUCCUCGUCCUCUGAGAGCUCGCCCCAGCACCACUCUUACCCCAGCCGCCCGCGACACAUGCUCAACCUGCCCCCGCCGCAGUAUGGCCUGGUGAAGAGCCUGGAGAAUGCAGAGAUAGACCAGAAGCUGCAGGAGAUCAUGAAACAGACAGGCUACCUGAAGAUCGACGGCCAGCGGUACCCAGCCGAGGUCAGUGACCUGAUCAGCGAGGGGGAGAUCGGCAGCGGCACGUGCGGUCAGGUGUUCAAAGUGCGCUUCAAGAAGACGGGCCACGUCAUCGCCGUCAAACAAAUGCGCCGGACAGGAAACAAGGACGAGAACAAGAGGAUUCUGAUGGAUCUGGAUGUGGUGCUUAAGAGCCACGACUGCCCUUACAUCAUCCAGUGCUACGGCGCCAUAGUUACCAACACGGAUGUGUUCAUCGCCAUGGAGCUGAUGGGGACGUGUGCUGAGAAACUCAAGAAGAGGAUCCAGGGACCCAUCCCUGAACGCAUCCUGGGCAAGAUGACCGUGGCAAUCGUGUCGGCUCUGCUGUACCUGAAGGAGAAACACGGUGUGAUCCACCGGGACGUGAAGCCCUCCAACAUCCUGCUGGACAACAAGGGCCAGAUCAAGCUGUGUGACUUUGGCAUCAGCGGACGCCUCGUCGACUCCAAGGCCAAGACCCGCAGCGCCGGCUGUGCUGCCUACAUGGCUCCUGAGAGAAUAGACCCUCCAGAUCCCAGCAAGCCUGACUAUGACAUCCGAGCAGACGUCUGGAGCCUGGGCAUCUCUCUGGUGGAGCUGGCCACAGGACAGUUCCCCUAUAAGAACUGCAAGACAGACUUUGAGGUCCUGACCAAAGUGCUGCAGGAAGACCCUCCCUCGCUCCCCCUCAGCAUGGACUUCUCCCUUGACUUCCAGUCCUUCGUCAAAGACUGCCUCACAAAGGAUCACAGAAAAAGGCCAAAAUACCACAAGCUGCUUGAGCACAGUUUCAUUCGGCGCUAUGAGGUGCUGGAGGUGGACGUGUCGGGCUGGUUCCAGGCAGUGAUGGAGCGCACUGAGUCACCGCGCAGCAGCCAAUGUUACAGCCAGCACCAGCUCCACUCGCUCUUCAGCAGGUAGCCCCCAGCCACUGGCCCCGCCCCGGAGCCACUGGAUCCUGCAGCCGCCCCAGCCUGCAGCCGGGAGACCCCGGAGAGGGACGUAGAGUUGGAGACACGGAGUAGGCCUAUAACCCUAGACAGACAGACUGGCUCGGUGGAUUGAUUGAUCGAUUGAUUCUGGAUCAGGACAGACAGACACGGGGGAGCGUAGUGCUUCACACUGUAGUUAGGCGUCAUAAGAAGUCAUAUCAGCACACGUACAUUAUUAUCGUGAACACCUCAGCACAUACUGUAGGUUAGUCUGUAUCCAGAAUGCAUGCUCACUUGUCCAUCCGUUAGAUACUGACGUACAGUAGUGAUACUGUAACUGCAUUUACGUGGUUAAACACAUACAUAAAUACUACUCACUAGUCAUAUCUCGCUCGCCUGUAUAAUCUUGUUCAGUUCUAGCUCAGGCCCUAGUCAUAGCUAUGGGGUCUGACAACAGAGUAGUCGAUACACACUGGAGCAGAUUCCUGCUACGUCAUGUAGUGUUAAGACAAUGGAAGAGUCCCUACGGCAAGCCCAGAGGCCCAGUUUCAUCCACAGUGAUGGCUAGGCUCAGAAGUGGAAGGUUCAGUGCAAUAUUCAGCCGGGUAUUAUGAUUUCUAUACUUACUCUUCAAUAGGUUGUGUGUGAGUUUGAGUGUGUGUGCGAAGACACAAGUGUAGGUUGACUUUUCUGGAUGGCAUAUAGCUGUCCCACUAGUUCUAACACACAAACUAGACCCGCUGUAUUUGUAGAUGAGAGAAACAUUAACUUUGAUUCAAAUGCUUAAAAAGAAUAUGGACAAGUACAUGUUCUAGCAGCUUUGAAUUGGAAAAACCGCGAAAAAUACAAAAAAAAGUAGGGUUAUGCGUAGCUCUGUAGAAAAGGUGUUUUGUAUUAAUUCUUUGAGUUCAGGGUGGUUUUGAGUGGAACUGGAUAACAGGUGGGAGAGAUGGAGGGACACAAAGGAGGAGAAAAGGAUGAGGGGAGAGGAGGACAAAAUAGUCUGCCUUUAAUCGGGCCCCACCUGCUGUGGUGAAACUGUACUGGCAGGUAGAUGAGGUUCAAAGCAGUGUUGCUUAUUGUUGAAGAGGAGUGUUAGAAAAGAAAACCGUUUGGAGGAUAACUGAGGGGAGGCGCAAGUUAUUUUUGGCAAGAGACAGGAGCUUGCCCUUUACAAAGAAUACAAUUAGAUAUUGUCUGGAGCAUUUCAACCCUCCUGCUUUCUGCUCUUUCUCAAUGGCACUCAGCCACUCACCCUCUCUCUUCUUUCUUUCAUUCUUUCUGCUGUUCCGUCUUUUAGAGGCUCCACAGUUUUGUCAAACCAAAUGUGGUAGUUGUCAGUGGAGGGUGUCACACAAGGCCCUCUCGUUGCUCCUGACUGUUGCCUCCCCUCCUGCAGGGCCAGAGCCAGGUAGAGAAGACGACCCCCUAGCCUGAGCAUUAGGAGUUGGCAAGACGACACAGACAGAUCUGGGAGCAGGCUAGACUUCCCCAACACACACCAAGCCAAAUCACUGCUAGACACAGACGAUGGGAGAGGGAGAUCAACGGUAUGUCAGAGAAAUGGAGAGAGGGAACUGGAAACGUCGACUAUGAAUAUGUGCAGAAGAAGAGCUAGGGAGCAGCAAGGAGAGGAAAGAGUUGGAUAAAAAGUAUUGGGGAUGAAAGGAUGAGGCAAAAAGGAGCGGAGGAAGAGAAGGAUAAGAAAGUGAGACAAGGUCAAGAGAGGUAAGCGACAAAGGUAAGGGCCAUCUAGAGCUAGUGAGGGAGGAGUGACAGAGCAGGGAAGUGAGUGUUUGAUAACGGAGAGAUGUAAGAAGGAGAGAGUUUGGAGCCCUGCAUUUAGCCAUAGGCAGCCAGGCUAUGGAUCAGAUGCUGAAGCUAGCUGGACGUUGUAAAAGCUUUCAAUGGUGUUGCACCAAUAUACCAAUUAUGAUUUUAGGGAGUGAAUUAGGAUUUGUGUUUUGUUUGUUUGCUGUUCUAUUCAUUAUUGUAUCUUUCAAAAAAAUAUUUAAUUAUUUAUUACAUUGCUACUACUGCUGCUAAAUCUUUGCUUUUGACUCUGCUGUUGAUAAUUUUCCCCCAAAGGACAAAUAUUUUCUUCUUUUUAAACCAAAUAAGUGAAAUAAUGCAAUGUCUUUACAGUUACCAAAUACAGAAAAGCAAGUCUGAUGAUGGUGAAAGGUGUUACAACACUGACCGAGAGCUAAACCCAUAGAUGAGUAGCGUAGGUUAACGUCACAAAACUAAUCCACACACAUGAUGUACACCUCACAUGUAUCUAACAACGUAAUGGUAUGUUGUAGUCACAAUUAUCACACUACAGCACCGCAAAGUCUAGUCGUUAUUAGUGAAGGAGUGUCCGUCUGUCCGUCCUGACCUGUGAACCUUGACCUUGGGGACAUUGUUGUCCAGGGUCACCCUGAUUUAGAAUGGUCUGUCUACCUGUCCGUCUGUCUGUCCAUGGGCCUCCUGCAAGCUCGACCUUGACAUUACACACCAAAGGUGUCAUCAACGAAAAUAAAUACAAGAGUUGUUAUUGUUAUUGAUAUUCUAAUUGAUUACUAUGACUACGAUAUAUUCAGAGUUUCUCUGUAGCUAGUGAGGGAUAGGGGGAGGGGGCGCUUUAGGGGUAACAAUGCCCAUGUGUAUAGAAUACAGGGAGAGACUUGUACUCUGACAAAGCCUGGGCACAGCAAUCACACCCACUCAGCCAGACAGACCUACUUACUGUGUAAACCGGUACUGUAAUAGGCCACUGCUCACCAUCACCAAGUCUUGGGAGAGUUCAGGAGAUUGGAAGUGUUGCAGAUAGAAAUGGGAUGAUGGAGAAUAGACAUGGUUCUCUUAUCGUUGUGGAAUAGAGAACAGUGUUGGUUCUUUGCGUUAUGUUUCAGUCUGCAACAUUCUGUUUGUUGUUCCCGCUCCACAAAUCAUCAUGUACCAACUUUGAACCAUGGCUUUUUGAUUUUGGUUCUCCUGUUGGCAAUCAGGUAGUAAUGAUAGACAUUAUUAUACAAUCUAGGCUGCCUGGCCCACUUGCUAAAACAAAGUACUGACUUUAUAUGUACUUCUAUAAGUACUAUCCCUUGUAAUUUACACGCUCUCUAACCCUUGGGUUGUCCAAAAUCACUACAAAGUGCCCCCUAUUCCCUCAGUCUUGGCUGUCCAGUGCUGUGUCAGACCCAGUCUCCCACUGUCAACUGUUUCUCUUUUGUUUUGCUGAUGUCCUUUUACAAACACACACACACAAGUGGUUUGUACGUGUGUUUCAGAACACCGACAGGUGACUGUGCUGCUCUUCACCUUUCUAAAAACAGCAAGAACUUUUUUGGGUCGGGUGCAAAACCGAAUGACUUGGGUGUUAGUGUGUGUGUUCGUAAAAUGUAUAAUAAUAAUAAAAAAAGUUUGAAUACUAAUCCUAACCCAUUGCCAAGGACAGCGGUGGCUUGCCACACAUACACACACCAAAUGUAGGCUAUAGACAAUAUGUCCACAGUGAUGCUGGUUGGCUGCCGUUUAGUGGCUUUGUGUGUUUUUUAGCAGGCAGUGGCAAAGCCAGCGCUGUUAAAGAUGUACUCUAGUAGGGUGCCCCCUGAAAUCACACCCUAUGUAGUGCACUACUUUUCACCAGGGCUCAUAAGACCCUGUUCAAAAGUAGUGCACAAUGUAGUGAAUAGGGUGCCAUUUUGGAUGCAUAUAGUAGUGUCUGCUGCUGCGCUGUACCUUGGGGGUGCGGUGGGAGGGUGUGUCAUCGCCACAUAUGUAAGUAAAGCCAAAUAUCAUUUUCACUAUGCAGUCAUUCAAAUCUGUCAGCUUGCUGUACGUUAGGAAGUCCUCCUGUAUAUACACAUAUGGCGAUGAAACUGGAGUUGGUGACCAUAUGAGAUCUUCUCCCUAGUACGGUUGAAAUCAUGUCUUCAGCUAGUCCAGAGGGAAAAUGAGUAGAGCGAGAGACGUGUUUUUGAAUGAGCUGACUAUUUAAGGAUUGUAUUGGGGUUGGGGAGGGGCCGUCGGGUUGUAGUUUUUGGGGUGGGUUAAAUGGGGUUUUGUAGUUUGGGAGUUGCUAGUCCAAUGCUGUAAGUAUAUCAAUUGCAUGUUAUUGUCACUGAUGUAACUGCUAUUGAUUUUAGAUUAUGGUCGAGGGGGGGGCACAAAACGAUCUUUAUUUAUAAUUUUUACAUAGAAUAUAUUCUCUCUUUUUUGCGAAAUGUUGAAUUGUGUACUUAGGAAAAGACACACUUUUGCCUUUGUUCUCUCGACUUGUUUUGAAUCUGCUAUUUGCAAUAUACAUUUUUACGUGUAUCGUCACUUAGUUGGUUUCAUGGCGAGAAUGAGUUGUUAUUUGUGUAGAUCUUAACAGCAGACUAGUUUUUUAGUCUGUUUCUUUUCCUAAAUGUGCCGUGUGUCUUUUUCAUUCAGUUAGCUGUGUGAGUGAGGAGGGAUGGAGGGCAAGGUCUGUGUCUUGGAAGUAUUUUGUCUACCAAAAGUCUUUAUGAUUAUUAUUUACCUUUUAUUUUCGUCCAUUGUUUAUUUUGUAUUACUAUUUUUAUUAUAUUCAGGGAAAAGACGACACCAAAUUGAAUAAAGAAAUUUCCGGAUGAUCCUAGAGAGCGGUUGAGAUGGAGAGAGUGUGACAGUGUAGUUAGAGGAGGAGAAGAAGUCUUCUUUCUGUCCUUCCGGAACGCCGGGGUCAAAGGUGUCUUUUUCUCUCGAAGCGGAGCGAACACUUUCACUGCUCCGUUUAGCCUCUUCACCCUGUGUUGCUGAAAAAAACGGUCCUCCGAUAUCCUCUUAACUGAAUUUUGCUUUAUUUCUUUUCAUGAUCAAAAUAUCUUGAUUAAUGUUUCUCGGUUGAAAUCUUUUGUGUGCCAUUUUCUAUUAUUUUUUUGUACCCAGAAGCCCCACUUUGUUUUUGUGGUUCUCUGAUGCUGUAUUAAGCUGUAUGGUCAAACUAAUUUGACUACAUCUGAAAUGGCACCCUAUUCCCUAAAUAGUGCACCAAAAGUAGUGCACUACAUCGGGAAUAGGGUGCCAUUUGCGACGGCGCCAAUGAGAGAGCGUCUUAAUGCUGAAAUUGUCAUGAGUGCCGUUUGCACUUGGGCGGCUUUUGAAGCGGGAGGGGAACGGGUGGGGAGGAGUCGUUUGGAGCUCUUUCGGGUUGCAGACGUCCCGUUUGACCAAUCACAGACCUGCGACUGGCAGAAGAAAAAAACUGAUUUCAACAAUGUAUGUAUUUUCACUGAUAUUUAUUUAUUGGUUGGUUGUGCGUUUUAUUUUUUAAAAGCCAAACAAGACACGCAUGGUAAAAGGAAUUGUCUGUCUGUCUGUCUGUCAUUGGGUUUGCCGUUGAUACAAAAGCCAAAUAUCAAACCACACUAACCCACAGGAAACCUAUUGUAGUGGAGUGGUUUAAACUCUAGAUGGUGUAUGCUCUGCUAGUACUGGCUUGGCUGAGCUGUAGGAUGUCUGUUUGGAUACUGAAGUGUGUGCACUCAUUUAAUUGAAAUCCUACUCAGUCAAGCCAAACAGUGGUUAUGGUUUAAACCUUAACAUUUACAGCAUGUGUGGUAUUAGAGAGAGAGUGCUAAGCUAAUACCCAUUUAAGUUAGCUCCUAUUGUUUGAAAAAUGGAUUGGUUUUACACAAGUAAUGAAUUAUCCUCCUGAAACAGACUAGCAGUCAAUGUUUUAUGCAUACUAUGACUGAAAUAGUUUUCUAUUCCGAAGUGGACUGAUUGGCUCGUAUUUAACCUGCACUCUGUAGCGAGGUGGAAACCCUGUUUUUAAAAUGUUGGUAAAGAAUAAUUAGCUUGUUCCCUAGGGUUUCUAAAUGCAGUAUUGCAUGACUUGCUCGAUUUGAAGGGGGGACAUUUUUCCAUCGCCAUUGCAAUUCCAUGGCUUCUUGUUUGUAUGUAUGACUCAAAGGGUUUGUUUUGACAGUUGUAUCAAUCUACACAGCUACUGUCUCACUCUGCUUUUUGCUGUCUUUCAUUUUCCGUCUCAUUUCCUCUAUUUCAAACAGAAUAAAUGCCAUUAUAUUGUGAAUACCUCAGGAUUUUUUUGGAGAAAAAAUUAACAAAUCAAAUAAAGAGAAACUUCCAAAAAGUU